AUUUGCAGCCAGCGCGGGGAGCUGUGAGGAUCAGAGAGGUGUGCGCUGUCGGAUCUGUGCUCACAGUCAGAGGAGAGACCGGCCGAAGAAGAGAAGGGAAAGGGAAAAGGACAAUGCUGUGUGUUUUUUUUUUGUACCGCCUUUGAAAUAAUGACUCUUGGAUGGGAGGAGGAUGCUGCAUAGAUUUGAAGAUAAUCACAGGCAGUCUUUCGAUUUCGGAUUCAGCGCGCGUUCUGGCUCAUCCUGCUUUGGGAGCGUCUAAUUCAGGGAUUUAAUAACUGUACAUUGUGUGACAUUCUUCUAACCAGGCUGCUUUUUAAUGCUCUGAUUACACAGUCAUUAUUUUUUCAUACAGAAUCAUUUGGUGUUCUUGCAGCUGGCUCAUCCGGAUGCCUCCGCCUGAAUAUUAAAUAGUUCCCUGAGAAGCUUUCUGUUGGAUUUGGCCGCCGCAUGAAUUCUCCCACUGGAUUCUCACCGGUGUUCUCUGCUGUCCUCCUCCUCCACCACCACCACCACCACCACCUCCUCCUCCUCCUCCUCUUGCUCCUGCUCAGACGGCCGAUUCUCUCAGAGGGCACUACCCUCCUCCUCCUCCUCCUCCUCUUCCUCCUCCUCCUCCUCCUCCCAGCCGCUAAAGACAUUUUGAUCGUCCACCUCCCCGGUUUCCCCCAACCGGACUCGGCCAUCAGUCCACCUUCCUUCUCCACUACCACCACCACCACCACCACCUCCUCCUCCACCUCCUCCUCCUCUUCCUCCUCAGUAACAUGUCGGGACAGUCUUUGACGGACCGGAUCGCCGCCGCGCAGCACAGCAUGACCGGGUCUGCCAUCAGCAAAGCCGUCUGCAAGGCCACGACGCACGAAGUCAGCGGACCCAAGAAGAAGCACCUUGACUACCUGAUCCACUGCACCAAUGAGCUGAACGUCAGCAUCCCCCACCUGGCAGACACGCUGCUGGAGCGCACAGCGAGUAACAGCUGGAUAGUGGUUUUCAAAGCGCUCAUCACCACACACCACCUCAUGAUGUACGGCAACGAGAGAUUGAUGCAGUACCUUGCCUCCAGAAACACGCUCUUCAACCUCAACAACUUUCUAGAUAAGGCUGCACUACAAGGUUACAACAUGUCAACUUUCAUCAGACGCUACAGCCGCUACCUGAAUGAAAAAGCCAUGUCCUACAGACUAGCAGCGGUGGACUUCACCAAGAUGAAGAGAGGGGCUGAGGGUGUGAUGCGCACCAUGAACACAGAGAAGCUGAUUAAGACUCUGCCCACCAUCCAGAACCAGCUUGACGCACUGCUGGAUUUCCAGCCGAACUCCAACGAGCUGACCAACGGAGUGAUCAACACAGCUUUCAUGUUGCUGUUCAAAGACUCCAUACGGCUGUUUGCUGCCUACAACGAAGGAGUGAUCAACAUGCUGGAGAAAUACUUUGACAUGAAGAAGAACCAGUGCAAAGAGGCUCUGGAGAUCUACAAGACCUUCCUCAACAGGAUGACCAAACUGUCAGAGUUUCUCAAAGUUGCAGAGGCUCCCAGCUCUCUCCUGGAGGCUCUGGAGCAGCAUUUAGCCUCUCUGGAGGGCAGGAAGCUCAAGGACCUCUCAGCUGCCAGCAGAUCCAGCACCUUGUCCAGUGCAGUGUCCUCUCUCUCCAGCACGGGGAUCUCUCUCAGCCGCAUGGACGACAAGACAGAUGACAACAGACUGCAGCAACACAAGGAGGAUGGUCAUAAGGUGAUAGACAUUCAAACACCCAAUGCGUCACCCAGCACCCAAUCAGUGGGUAGUGCCAACAGCAGUGGAGGAGCCCCAGAUCUCUUCUCCAACUCACCAAUCGUACCUGUCAACAACCAUGUGCCAAACCUGACCAGUGAGCUGUUCACCCUGCAGCCCAGCUUCACCCCCAUCCAGACCACACACACUGUGCCCAACAAUAACAAUGCCUGGGGAGGUGACCUGCUAAAGCCAGCCCCACCUACUCAGAUCCACAGCCCUGGAGCCCAUUUACACUCUGGGAAAAUGCUGCCCAAUGAUUUGGAUUCUUCAUUAGCCAACCUGGUUGGCAACCUUCAGUUUGGAGGAACGCCAGCGAAAAAGCCGGAGCUCCAGUGGAGUCAGCUAGUAGAAAAGAAGCCCACAGGAGGCGGCGGCUGGCAGUCGAAGACCAUGUGCACCAGCACCAACUGGACUCACACCACCCAUCCCAUGGCACCUGCACCCAUGCCCGUCCCGCAGAUGAAUGGGAUGAUCUAUACCGGCUAUGCUCCAGCUCCAGUGGCUUUUCCUAUGACGACACCUCAAGUGCCUGUGUAUGGAAUGCUCCCUCCUCAGAUGAGUCAUCAGAUGGGAGGCGUUCCCAUGAUGCCCCCGCAGCCUGUCAUGUACAACCAGCCUGUCCUGAGACCUACCAAUCCCUUUGGACACAUCCCGGGGGCACAGAUGCACUUCAUGUAGGGAUGAUGUGGUAACCAUGGCAGCAAAGCCGCGAGAGGAAAGAGAGAGGAAGAGAAAGAAAAUAAAUCCAGAACCAAAUCCAGCGCCGGAGAAAGAAAGAAGAGGACAGAGAGGGAAAAAAAAAGGGAGGGGAGAGGAAGAAGGAGAGAGGACCAGAGGAGGGAUGAAAGAAGAAAUGCUGAUGUCUAUUUCCAUGUCGCCUCACCCUCUAAUCUCCUCUCCUCUCUCUCCACGCGGCUACUGAUCACUCAAGUCUCAGAAUCUGUAAUGCCAGGGCACAAGAGGCUCCGCGUUCCACUCACCCUCUAUGUUUGAUUUUGCCGAUUCAAACGGCGUUUACGACCUGAGAUGACGUUAUGAAGGCUAACAGCUCAACGAGAGUGCAGAUUCUCACUUUCUGACCUCAUCCCUGAUAAUUCCCCGUAUUAAAGAAACUACCCCCACAUUCCUCUCCAUCCCACGACUGAUUCAAAACUCGGGAGACCGCGCGUUUUCUUUCUCUGAUCGGAUUGUUUGCUGGCACUUUACUCAAUGUGAACUUUGCCAAGGGUGUGUUUGUGUAGGUGAUUUCAGCAUCUUCUUCAGAUUGGUUCACCUCGUGUGUCAUCUAUCACCUGAUGUCAGAAGUUAUUAACUUGACUCUGUGUGUGUGUGUGUGUGUGUGUGCGUGUGUGUGUGUUGGUCCCUUUUUCUACAUUUCAACAUGCUACAUCAACGUUACUGUUUGAGUCUUUUUAUGAGCUCUGUUUGUUCUUAAUUGCCAACUUUACAUCAUGGAUCUGGCGUGGUGUGAUUGUGUGUGUGUGUGUGUGUGUGUGUGGAUGGAUGUGGGUGUCUCGAGUCUGUCCUGUAUGUGUGUCUUCUUUGGUACCUGAUGUUAUCACUGUGUUGCCAGGUACCAUCGUGUUACUGCACUGGAAAUAACUGAUGAAAGCACUGAGCCAGACCCAGGCAUCGCAUUUGGAUGUAACCAAACCUCUUAUGCUACUUUGCUACUUGGGGAUGUGCUGUACACACUUUGUUUUUGUUUCUCUGUUUCGCUCCUCCACAGCUGUGCAAUAUCAUGCAAUCUCAUUAAUGUCUCUUAGCACCCGUGUGUGGGCUGUUUCCUGCUAUACUGAUGUACUAAUUACGUGUCCACAUCAGGUUUCUGUACAGAAUGCUGUUUUGUUUAUUUUGAUCCUGUUCUGUUGAACCUGUACUGCUCUAAAAGUAGUGACAAAUGCACUGAGAGCCAGAUAGAGAGGUGACCAAAAAUGGUCAACCUUCAUGAUGUCCUCCCAAUCUUGGGCAUUCGUCCUGUCCAAAAUUAGUCUCCAGUGACGUCCUUUACGCUCCAGACAAACUGGACGAGGCUCAUUACCACGGCAUGUGUCCCCGCCUCUGCUUGGAGGACUUGAGACGAUGCUCACAAAGAGAUGAUGUAGUGUUAAUAUUGUGCAACAACAACAACUAAAGGUCAGUAGGAGGAGCCAAACAAGGACCGGGAGGUUGGAAAGCAACGGAGGAUAAAAUCUGUCGAUCACGCCCCCCAGUAAAAGCCUGCAGUGACGACACGCAGAUUAAUUCAGACAGCCUGAAACUGGAGGCUUAAAUGAGACGUUAAAUGUUAAUGUGGCUUUUUCUGGCAGAUCCAAGGUCGAGUUAGACCGACAGACAGACGAUAUAUCUAAAUAUAUAGCACAACCUUCGAAGAGGGGACAACGCUCUGCUGCACAAAAACCUAAAAUCAUUGCUGGGAUGUACAGUUGAAAGGGGCAAUAAUCGAUUGGGGAUGAAGUCGUUUUCUAUUGAUUGUGUCUGUUCUAUGUACAUGUACUGUAUGUGUUUGUGUGCACAUGCCUUCCCAUAGAGAUAAACAGGGUCAUGUUCCUCGGUUAGAGACUCAACGUCUCUGGUGAGCCAGUAGCGUGUACUAACAUAGCAGUGAGUGUUAUUGUGAUCUUGUCUCAGUCUAUACAACCCCAACAUCAAAUGAAGGUGGCUCCGGGAUCACUCAUCUGCUGAACAAAAAAGCCCCACGUCAUCGGACCUGGAAUCUACAAAGGGAAACCUGAGGCCGACCUCUGGAGCUGCACACACUGGAGAUAUACAAAGAAAAAUCAGAGAAAUGCAACUCCUUGAUGAUUCAUCCUUGAACUGCUAGCUACGCAAAAACCAAUCUCCCUGCAGCUACAACUCCAUUACCAGCAGCGAGACUUCAGUCUUAGAAACCGUCACCAAGUAGGCAAAUAUUCUCGGAGGCGUCUUCAAGAGUCCAGCUGACAUUUGGAUAUCUUCUCUGAAAAGUUCUACUCUCCUCAAUCCCUCGUGUUCCGGUGGUUUGUCUCUCUCUGUCAGCCGAAUGCUCUUCUCAUCGUGCACUUCACUCACAACGCAGCUCGAUCCAUCCUGGGCCAACCUCUGACUGUUACUGUGUCCUCUGUAUAUAGGUAAUGCCGUUCAUGUGUUUUUAGACGUGCUCUCUCUGUAAAGUGAUUGAGGCCCCAUUGGAAGACGUACUGUAUGUGGGACAAUUUAUUGCUGUAUCUGUGUUUGAAUGGUUGUACUUUGAAGGUGUCAUCAUCCAGGGAUGGGAGGGGGGGUUGAUUUGAUGUUUGUAAUGUUUUUGUCCACCUAGAGGAGGAAGUGGGUGGGAAUUGGGGGCGGGAAUUGGGGCGGGGAGGGGGCAGGGGUAAACUAUCACAACUGGUCUAUACCAAGAGUGUCUUCAUCGAGGAAGUGGACAGGACAGGGUCUGUCCUCUUCGAAACAGGAACAUUUUUUUGCACCAAAGUCAUCAUCAAAGCGCAGCUUCUUCUUAUUCAAGGUCACUAUGGAUGGAUGAUAUCAGAACUCAGAAGGAUUUACGUUCUUUUAUGUUUCAAGACAAAGAAACUGUCUUUUUUUGCAUGAUUAAGUGUCGUCUUUUUAUUGGCUUGUGUGCCCGGUAAAAGCAUGACCAUUGUGUGAACUCUCACUUACCGGUGUGUUUGGAAAAUGUUGAGGAAAUUUCUCCAUGAGAUUUUUUACUUACCUCUUGACAUGAACAUUCAUUGACAUUCAUAAUCAACUGUUUUACAAUGUAGGGUCUGUAACUGUUUGAAGGCUGCCUCGCAUGCAGAAGUGCAACUUGCAAGUAACCCAUCAAACUUCAAACCAAGUUACUAUAACUGCAUCUUUGUAAAACACCAUGGAUGUCAAUGCCAGUUAUCACCUAGCUAGCUAGACAUUGCAGUCUUGUAAAAUCGCUCUUUAUUAAAGCGUUACUAUUUUCAA